CCCUCCACUACGCAGUUACAGAAUUCACUAUUAUCUGUCCUCGUGACGUCGUCAAGUUAUAAUUAUUAAUUCUGUGUGCGUUGCACAAGAUUUUUUUUUUUAAUCCCGCUUCUCACUGCUUCGCUAGUCUUCUCUCUAUUGUUGUCGAAUUGUCGUCGGACUUGGCCGUCUGAACGUUUUUAGUUAAUUUUACAUCACCUCAAUUCUAUCCCUGUUUAAACAGCAUACAUCGCGUGAUCGCAAGCGAAAAACACGGUCCUAUCGCCGAGUGGAAUUACAAGAGACAAGUCAUUACCACAGGAGAUACGAACAUACGCAUGUCAAUCCAGAAUCUCAACGUAUUCGACCCGUUUGCUGAUGCAAUCAAGGGUGCAGACGAUGACGUUCAAGACGGGCUUGUUCACAUAAGAAUUCAACAGCGUAAUGGUCGUAAAACAUUGACAACGGUCCAAGGUCUCUCGUCAGAAUAUGACUUAAAGAAGAUAGUACGUGCAUGCAAAAAGGAGUUUGCUUGCAACGGUACAGUAGUUGAACAUCCUGAAUACGGUGAAGUGUUACAAUUACAAGGAGAUCAGCGAGAAAAUAUUUGCCAAUGGUUAACUAAAUGUGGUCUUGCCAAGUCUGAUCAACUUAAGGUCCACGGUUUCUAAAGGAAACGAACUAAUCAUGCUACAAAAUACCUUAGAUUGUUACAUUACUCAGUCAAAUAAAUCACAAUAAAUUCAAAAUUCUCAAUUUCAUAA